AUGGUAGAUGAUACUUUAGGGAUGCGGCUCUCCAGCUCUCUGGAGACUGUGACGAACGGCACUGCAACGGUUGACAUGCUCGUGAGAAGGGCAAGCGAUCCCCCGACAGAUUUCAGGAAGCCGACCGCGAUGGUUGUCACUACGCAACUGGGUAUAGCGACAACAUUGGGUCUAUUUGCGUUUUUGUCAUUCUCCAUGCUGUUGAAGAAACUGCCCAAGUUGUAUGCCAGUAGGAAAUUCAAAGACGAGGGGGGGUUACGAUUGCCGUCGUGGAACGAGGACAGUUUGUUUGGUUGGAUACCUGUGCUGUACAAUAUCAGUGAUGCGGAAGUAUUGGAAUACGCUGGGUUGGAUGCGUUUGUUUUCCUUGGUUUCUUCAAGAUGGGGAUUAAGCUGCUAUCAGUAUUUAGCCUUUUCUCAUUCGGUGUCAUAUCCCCUAUCAGGUACCAUUUCACUGGGCAGUACGAUGACGGAUCUGAUGAUCCGUCCUACAAUUUUGUUUCCAAAGUAGCGUCAAACAUUCCGUUUCUGAGGAAAAGAGAUGACAUUCCAGUGGGGGCUCCGGAAAUGGCCAGCUCGUACCUGUGGAUGUACUUGAUUUUUACCUACUUUUUCACAUUUCUGGCUAUCCACAUGCUGAUGAGCCAUACAAAACUAGUGGUGAGCACUCGUCAGUCGUAUUUGGGGAAACAAAACACAAUUGCCGAUAAAACGAUUAGACUCUCCGGCAUUCCGAUGGAACUCAGAGACAUGAAGUCGUUACAAACGAGGAUCGAGCAAUUGCAGAUAGGCAAAGUAUCAUCAAUAACGAUAUGCAGGGAAUGGGGUCCCCUAAAUAGGUUAUUCCAUUACAGGAAACAUGUAUUAAAACAGCUGGAAAUGAAGUAUGCAGAAUGCCCUUCCAGCUUACGUGGUAGACCGAUUGCUUCUGAAUCGUACUCCAUGAGUGGAGAAGUAAAUGGCGAUGAUGUUGGCGCUCAAAGACAUUCUCUUCCUGAGAACCCAAUUCGCGAAGAGCAUAUUGAGGAGCAUCAACGCAGCACAUUACAAGGUAAUACAACGACAACGGAUGACCACGUAUUGUACUCUGAGAUACAAUUGAGUGAUAGGCCGAAAAUAAAGAUCGGCCUUUGGGGUAUAUUUGGCAAGGAGGUUGAUGCAAUUGACUACUUUGAGAAACAACUGAAAUUCAUCGACCACGAAAUUUCCCAAGCUAGAAAACGGCACUACUCUGCCACCCCAACAGCAUUUGUCACCAUGGAUUCUGUUGCAAACGCUCAAAUGGCAGCCCAAGCAGUUUUGGACCCGAGAGUGCACUAUUUCAUCACUAGACUUGCACCCGCUCCUCACGAUAUCAAGUGGGAUCACGUUUGCCUGUCCAGGAAGGAAAGAUUGACAAAGAUAUACUCAGUUACCGUGUUUAUUGGUAUUUGCAGCGUCUUCCUGAUUAUUCCAGUAUCAUAUUUGGCUACACUGUUAAAUUUGAAGACGAUAACACGAUUCUGGCCCAGUUUAGGGAAAAUGCUUGAGGAGAAUAGAUGGGCGGAGAAUAUGGUGACUGGGUUGCUUCCUACUUAUCUGUUCACUUUAUUGAACGUUGGUAUUCCUUACUUUUACGAUUAUCUAACGUCAAAGCAAGGGUUUGUUUCUCAUAGCGAGGAGGAGAUUUCGCUGGUAUCCAAGAAUUUCUUCUAUAUCUUUGUGAAUCUGUUCUUGGUUUUCACUUUGGCCGGUACCGCAUCUAACUAUUGGGGUUACUUAUCCGACACAAGCAAGAUUGCAUAUCAAUUAGCCACCUCUGUCAAGGAGUUUUCAUUAUUUUAUGUUGAUUUGAUCAUUCUACAAGGGAUUGGGAUGUUCCCGUUCAAGUUGUUGCUUGCCGGUAGUUUGAUUGGGUUCCCUCUAGUGAAGAUACAAGCCAAAACUCCGCGGCAGAGAAACGAGCUGUAUUCCCCUCCGAUAUUCAAUUUUGGGUUGCAAUUACCGCAGCCGAUUCUGAUUUUGAUCAUCACGUUGAUCUACAGUGUUAUGAGCACGAAGAUUGUGGCAUCUGGCUUGACCUAUUUUGUCAUCGGGUAUUAUGUUUACAAAUACCAACUGAUUUACGCUACGGAUCAUUUGCCUCAUUCCACUGGGAAAGUAUGGCCGCUGAUCUACAGGAGAGUCAUCGCUGGGUUACUGUUAUUCCAAUUGACCAUGGCCGGUACGCUGGCCGGGUUCGAAGGCGGAUGGGUCUUGACAUCGUGGCUAUUACCAUUGCCCUUCAUAACUCUGAGUUUCCUUUGGGAUUUCGAGAAGAACUAUCUGCCCUUAUCCCAGUAUAUCGCCCUGAGUGCUAUCAGGGAGUAUGAGCGGGACAAUUCGAUGGUAUCCAAUUCUGCUGAGAACGAAUCGUACGAGUAUCCGUUCUUGGUGGACGGGUUAGAAGGUCCCAUGACAGAAUGA